UUUUGUUGGAAACAGUGAUCUGGUGAUUUUACUCCCUGCUGCUAGCUAGCUGGCCUGCCUGGUUGGAAUGCUCAUGAAGACUGCAUAACAUUGUACAUGUGCGAGUCGUAGUUGUUUUCACCUGGCGUGGUUUGGAUUUGUGCAUCUCCCCGGACCUUCUUUGUUUGUGCAUCGCAGCUGUGUGAACGGUCAUCACAACAUAUGUAUAGGUGUUACAAAAAACUUGAGUAAUUUACAUAGAGAAUACACUGCUCGUAAUCUUCGUGCUAAUGGCCGAAUCAGGCGCAUAUUGUGAGGAAGACGACUUUAUCGAGGAUGAUGACGACUACUAUAAUGAUUGCGAUCCGCUUUAUUCACCAGGCGUGAGCCAGCAGGAAUCCGAAGACCCUGAAACAUUCUCCUACGAGUGUCAUAGCAUAGAACAAUGCUUGCUUCUACUCAGGAAAUUGGCGGAGGAAAUAGCAAGCAAGCAGAAGGUACCAGUGGAUGUUGCACAACUUGUCUUGCAUUUUUGCAACUGGAACAUGGAUGAAGUUGACAAAAGGUUCAAAGCAGAUGUUCAGACGCUCUUAUUGGAGUCCCAUGCCACACCUGGCUCUGCAGAGGACUGUCAAUGUGGUAUACCAAGCGAAUGCAGUAUUUGCUCGGCCUCUUUACUUGAAUGUGAUACUCAACUGGACAAGUUGCAAACAACAUGCAACCACCGCUUUUGUCAAGACUGCUGGGCAGCUCAUUUCAAAGCUCGUAUUGAUACCGUUCCAACAAUGGCCAUAGAAUGCCUGGCAUGUGAUGUCCAUAUUGGUGAUACAUUUGUGUGUCAAGUCCUGCAAAAUGUCUCCAAGUACCUGCAGCUUUACAAGCGCCUUGCAUUGACCCGCUAUGUACUGGCACAUCCCUCGCUAACUUGGUGUCCUGGUGUGGACUGUCAACUGGUGAUAUGGGCCAGGGAAAGUGCACCGAAGCAAGUUACCUGUGUUUGUAGUGCACAGUUUUGUUUUUCCUGCCGUGAUGAAUAUCAUGCACCGCUGUCAUGCCAACUGAUGGUUGAGUGGAAAACUCAGCGCGCAGCAGAGUCACAGUCUGCUAUAUACAUUGUGGCUAAUACCAAACCGUGUCCGAAAUGCAAAGUGCACAUUGAAAAAAGUGGCGGCUGCAAUCACAUGGUUUGCCGCCAUUGCAGUUUCAACUAUUGCUGGGUGUGUGGAGGAGAUUGGAAUUCGCAUGGUACCCAGUACUAUCACUGUAGCAAGUACAAGCCAGAUACAGUGAAAGAGAAAGAGAGAAGCAGCCAGCAAGAAUCUAUGAAAAGAUAUUUCUUUUACUUUGAGCGGUACCAAAAUCAUCAUCAGAGCAUCCUGUUGGAGGAGCGUACCCGUGAAUCUGUACAGCAAUCCAUCACUCGGCGUAGUGAAGGGCAAGAUGCCACGGGCACUUGGAUUGACCACCAAUACCUUGCUGAUGCCUUUGAAAUACUUGCGAAGAGUCGUCAUACGCUGCAGUAUACUUACCCGUAUGCUUAUUACCUGGGUCAGACCGCUCAAGAGAGAACUCUGUUGGAGCAUCAACAAGCACAGCUGGAGCAUGAAAUUGAAAGCCUCUCCUUUCUUAUUGAGCGUGCGGCUCUUUCGGAUAAACCGGCUAUCCAGCUUCAUUGUCUGAAUGUCAACCGGUGGCGACAAUCGCUGAUGGGCAAUUUUUUCCAAAAGACGUGACUUGCCUCGUUUCUUCCUGCUUAUUGCUGAAGUCAUCAUACUUCCUGUCCAUACCUGCCAAUGUUAUUGGAAAUCAGUGGAAACGUGCAGGUGUGUCUGCUGGUGCCGGACCAGCUUCUGCCUCUGUUUUGGAUUGGGUGCUUUCUUUCUUGUGCAACACACUACCAUGCUGUGUGUGUGUGUGUGUGUGUGUGUGUGUGUGUGUGUGUGUGUGUGUGUGUGUGUGUGUGUGUGUGUGUGUGUGUGUGUGUGUGUGUGUGUGUGUGUGUGUGUGUGUGUGUGUGUGUGUGUGU